UAUUUUGAGCACCAGCGUGCUAAUGAAGAGAUUCGUCGGCUGAAUGUCAAGGUUGGACGAUUACUCACAAAGAUGCAAGAUGAUGCCAUUGAUUAUCCCUGCGCCAUCGCACAACUUCUGUCCAAUGACCCACCCCUUGCAGCCGAACUCCGGCGUUGCUGGACACAGCUUUGGUCCAUCAAUGCACGUCACAUUUGGCGCAUGCCGCAGAUUAUGCAGCUUCCUGGUUACAGUGGGCCAAAGAGUCCUGGCACUCGUGUAGGUCGG